GAGACGGAACUACUCUUUGAUAUUGUCUCUUAAGGUCUUGUGCUUUUCUUUAUCCAUAGCGGAUACCAUUCACUUUCAAGAAAGCUUUAAAAGUUGGGGAUUGAUCAAGAAAUAGGGUAAAUAAAUUGAUAUAUAAAGAAAAAGAAAGCGGGAUUAAUUUUGAACAUUCUGAUUACAGAAAGAGUUGGCCAUAGUUCCGUUACAAACGGUCUUGGUCUUCUUGAACUUCCUCUAAAGUAUGCUUGAAUUGUUGGUCAGUCCAAGAACAUGCUUCUACUGAGCAAGUUCGUAAUGUGUUUCGGCUGCAGGGCGACCAGGUUCCACCGGUGGUUAUUUUUGCUCCUCUGAUUUCACGCAGGAGGCUCUGGAGAGAGAGAAACUGACUCUUAUUUUAGAAUAAUAACUUGCAAUUUCAGAUGUGAGAGGAUUGAGUGACUUAGUGAGAACAAUGCCAUUGCAGGACAGAGGAACAUUCUUGUUGUGGCUUUUUACUUUUCCUGUUACUGGUUUGAACCAAUCUAAAUUCCAAGUUUUGACAUGUUCAAUCUUCCUUGAGUAAGUUUUGAAAUGUUUCUGAUAAUUGAUUAUAGGAACUCUCUCAGCACUUUUAUGCCAAAUUCAACAGUGUCAAGCGGCAGCUAUUUUGACCGUCCUUACCAACUUUUCAUGCCGUGUUCAAGACCAAAUUACACAACAUCAUUUCAAAAUUUUCGACAAAUUUAAUAGCUUUCUAAUUUUCAAUUUUGUUCUCUCUCUUAAAAUCUAAAAUUUGCCUCCACAACUGCUUUGCCAUGUUUGAAGGCACCAACCAAACAUAAAGUUGACUUUCUUUUGCCGAGUUCAGCUGGUCGGCAAAAAAGAUAAGCUUGUACAUCUCCAACCAAGUAUUCCCUCCAUACCAACUUGUUCCAGGAAAUUGCAUUCUACACGUUUUUAGACUUUUCCUAACAGAGCACUUGAGCUCCAACUUCCAAAUACAUCCCCCCACCACCAAUCUUUUUCUUUUAAAUAUGGAGGAAAAAAACACCACUUUGAGGCUCAUUCCAUUGAACAAAAAUGGAUUUUUUACCCUUUUUGUCUCUCUUUCUGAUCUCUUGCUCUUCUUUGAUCCAUGCUCAGCAGCAAUAUGCUAAGAAGACAACUACAGAUUGUGGCACAGCAGAUAAUUCAACCUCAGUUCUCGGGUACUCCUGCAACGGCCUAAACCGGACUUGCCAAUCUUACCUCACCUUCAGAUCUCUACCCGGAUAUAACACAGUCUCUUCCAUCUCUCAUCUAUUGGGUGCUGACCCAUCACAGCUCUCUAAGCUUAAUUCAGUUCCUGACAACACCACUUUUGAACUUGAUCAACUGGUGCUUGUUCCUGUGACCUGCUCUUGUUCAGGUGACUACUAUCAAUCAAAUGCAUCCUAUGUUGUUGCUAAUGGAGACGGUGCUUUCGUGAUUGCCAACAACACCUUCCAGGCCCUCUCUACCUGUCAAGCUCUCCUGGCUCAAAACGGACUUAAUGUAUCUAGCAUUUUAGAUGCUGGUUCAACAAUUACUGUUCCUCUUAGAUGUGCUUGUCCCACGAAGAACCAGAUUGAUAUGGGUGUAAGUUAUCUAUUGAGUUAUCUAGUUGCUCAAGGGGAGUUUGUCUCUGCCAUAAGUGCAAUGUUUGGGGUGGACACUGGGAGGACUCUAGAAGCCAAUGGUCUAUCUGAACAGGACUCUACCAUUUAUUUCUUUACUACACUUCUAGUUCCUCUCCAAAAUCCACCUUCUCAGACCAUAGCGCCGCCACCACCACUGGCAUCGUCUCCACCACCACCACCAUCUACCCCUUCAUCGAAUAACAAUUCGAGUAAAACCUGGGUAUAUGUUGUUGUUGGAGUUCUUGGAGGGGCUGCGGCUAUUUUGGCCACUGGGGGCAUUGUUUUCUUCAUGUUCUUCCGUAAAAAUAAGAGAAAAACUGAUCCAAUUAUCAUAUCAGCGCGUGAGAAACCAAAUGGAAAGAAGUUGGAGGAAGAAUCCAAGUAUUUCUUGGAUAGCAUAUCUAGCAUAGCUCAAUCCCUUAAAGUGUAUACUUUUGAAGAGCUUCAAUCUGCAACAGACAAUUUCAGUCCCAGUUGUUGGAUUAAGGGAUCCGUUUAUCGUGGUACAAUCAAUGGGGAUUUUGCCGCCAUUAAGAAGAUGGAUGGAGAUGUGUCAAAGGAAAUAAGUUUAUUAAACAAGAUCAACCAUUUUAAUCUUAUCCGCCUCUCGGGUGUGUGUUUCCAUGAUGGGAAUUGGUAUCUUGUUUAUGAAUAUGCAGUGAAUGGACCUUUGAGUGACUGGAUAUAUCACAACAAUGGUGAUCAAAGGUUUUUGAAUUGGACACAAAGAAUACAGAUUGCACUGGAUGUGGCCACGGGGCUUAACUAUCUGCAUAGCUACACCUCCCCUCCCUGUGUCCACAAGGAUGUACAGAGCAGCAAUGUUCUUCUUGACAGUGAUUUGAGGGCUAGGAUCGCUAACUUCGGUCUAGCAAGGUCAACAGAUGUGGAGGGUCUUGCCUUGACAAGGCACAUUGUUGGGACAAAAGGUUACAUGGCUCCGGAGUAUUUGGAGAAUGGUUUCAUCUCCCCAAAGCUUGAUGUUUAUGCAUUUGGGGUUCUUAUUCUGGAAAUACUUACCGGGAAAGAAGUUGCUGUUUUGUAUGAAGGGGGGGUAAACGAGCACUUAUCAGAGAUCUUAACUGCUGUGCUUCAUGAGGAAGAUGGGAAAGAGAAUUUGAGUGACUUCAUGGAUCCUUCUUUGCAAGGAAAUUAUCCUGCUGAGCUCGCUAUUUUCGUAGCCAGAUUGGUUGAUAGUUGCAUAACUAAAGAUCCAUCAGGUCGCCCGAGCAUGGAUGAGAUUGUGCAGUGUCUAUCCAGAACCAUGACCACUUCAUUGAAUUGGGAGUUGUCAAAUAGUAUCUCUGGGUAUCCAAGUUUCACCCAGAGCUUUUAGUUUAGUGUUAAUACACACGCUUAUUACUUAUCGUGUUUAGCUGCGAAAGGAGGGGAGCAUUACACCAAUAUCUUGGCUUCUAUUCGUUCCCAACACUAAGCCACUUUACAAGCAGAGCAUGUUAAGAUAGAGGCAGAACGAGCUUAUCAUGCAUCCAAUGUGCAAGAGCUCAACAAGGAGAUGUCUCAGAAAUUGAUGGUAGAGAGAUCCAAUGCAGUUGAUAAGUUUAAAGCCUCACCAAUCUUCAAGAAGAUUAUGUCGAAGGCCUACUUUAAUGGUUUCGAAGAUUUUCGGAAUCGUGCUGCUUCUGAAUUUUCAGACAGAUUUUUCUGUCAUUCAACUGGAUGAAGCAAGUGACUCCGAGCAGGAUAAAUGUGUAGUUAUUCAUUUAUUUGCUCCCAUUUUUCUCUUUAUGGUUGAGACUUUUCUUUCUUUGCAAUUAGUUUCCAUUUAUAUUUGCAGGGUUGAUAAGUAGGAUGGACAGUUAUGUUUUGCCAUUGCGAUUGUUGCUUUAUGUUAUUUUACACUUGAUUUUAUUGA